UUUCACUGUACCUACCUCCCUUACCUUACCUACCUUACCUACCGUACCUUACUCCGUACAAUAUUUCAAUCUCUACAUCACAACUUUACGACAUCAUGCGACCACUCACAGAAACCGAGACGCAGACUCUGUUUGCGAAGCUGGCGAACUAUACCGGCAACUCGUUGAAGAAUCUCAUUGCGCCUCUCGAUAACAGUCCUAACGCAGACCGAUACGUUUUUCGACUUCAUCAAUCACGCUGCUACUAUGUUCGACUUUCCCUUGCGAAUCUCGCGACCUCAAUCUCAAGAGAUAAACUGCUGUCCUUGGGAACUUGCUUAGGCAAAUUCACGAAGACGGGAAAGUUUCGUCUCCACAUCACCGCCCUCCCAAUUCUUGCCGAACAUGCCCGCUACAAAGUGUGGGUUAAAGCGAACGGCGAAAUGCCGUUCUUGUACGGCGGUCACAUUGUGAAAGCGCAUGUGGGGAGAUGGUCAGAGGAUUGUCCAGAGCAUCAGGGAGUUGUGGUUUACAGUAUGAAUGACACACCUUUGGGAUUCGGUGUUACGGCAAGAAGCACACAGGAAGCAAGAAGGCUGGAUCCUACAGGAAUUACGUGCUUUAGGCAAGCUGACUGUGGAGAAUAUCUGAGAGACGAGGAUAGCCUGUUUGCUACGAGCUAAGGAGUCUUAAAAGGUGGCGCUGGAAAGAAUAUCUGCCAUUCCUGGUGUUAGGGGUUAAGGGCGUUCAUCUUGGCUAUCUGGAAUUUCUCUACGCUGUACUGUGUAGGUCUUCGAAUGCUGCACCAUCGUCUUUGAAGAACGUGUGUGUAUUCUGGGUUGAAACGGGUCUACAUGAUGUUCUUAGCAUAGCAUAUCUCUUUGGCCUCUUGAGCCCUGAUUUUCGCAGUAUACCACGCAGAAGUUUAUCUAGCUUACUUUAUCAAAAGUCCUGUGCAACC